UUACGUUACGUCGUCUCACCACUAUUUGCCAUGUGGCACCAGUUUUUAAAGAGCUCUUUGUCUCAAGAGUUAAUGCAAAAUCUUCGCAAUAAUCAAGCCCGGUGGAAUGAACAGUUACAGCGAGAGCUUGCAGAACUGGACGACACGAGCUCAACGAUGGGAAUAGCCGCGAUGGCUAGUGACGAAUUUGCGCCCUUGGCCUCCGAGGAAGAGGACAGUCUCGAAGAUUGUGUUAGUCUAUACAACGAAGGUUUUCUGGUCGUCGAUUCUUUACAAACGUCAGUGCGUCGUAGGCACAGUGAGCCAUUGAAAAAUGCCAUUUCAGCACCAGGGACAGCGGUUCGUAGAGAGAGUUAUCCACUGUCUCUUGUCUCCCACUUGAAAGGUAGCGGGAUUCCUCAUCGCCAUCGAUACAGUACCGGUUUCUCAUCAGAACUAGCAGCCUCCACACUACUACAGUCUAGAACUAGUAUCAUUUCUUUAUCGAGUUCAUUGAAUUAUUCAGCGUCACGAAGGUUAGAAGACGAAGUAGCCAGUGGUCAAACGUGUGUGUCACAACAAAACACUCUUCCAUCUACUUCUUGUAGAAACUCGUUACCUCUGACCAACAAAGAAGCUAGCCAAUCGCAAGACAUAAAUCUUCGGAACCUGGUAGGAACCUCGUAUUCUCUAAGUGAACGAACCUACCUUACCGACAGUAGCUCAGAAGCAGGCUGUGAUAAUAAAUUUACUCGUCUUUCGACAGUGUCGUGCCAAAUGGAAAGCAAUAAUGAAUUUCCGGGUAGCGAAUACUCUAGAAAGAAAACGUCAGAUUUUCAAAACGAUAACAAACUGUCCUCUUCUAGAACGCCGUUUUCCCAAGAAACACCCGUGAACUGUAGUUUUCUCGAAACGUAACCAAAUGAAAUUCAGUUGAUAUUGAUCACGAUGACAUUCCAAAAAGUGAAUACGCGAGCUUACAUAUGCAAUGCACGCGAGCACAGAUAACUAUUUCCCACGGUAGCGGUAAGUUUGCUGAUUCAGGGGCUACCGAUACCUCAGAUAAGCUACUGCAAGGGCUAUGCCUUUUGAUUGUGGAUAGCUUAGUUCACAGAAGUACGAAAAACAUGACAACCCUAAUCCAGAACUUAUAAAAUAUUCAGAAUUUUCCCCCUUAGCAUGUAGUCUACAAAUAAAACAAUGCCGUUGUUUAGCUCCCAGCGUCAACCUUUGGCCAAGGUUAUCCGUGACUUAUAACGAAGAGGAGGUACCCACGAACUUCCUGUUGGUGCGAAUUUAAAAAAAGGAUGUUGUAGGUACUGUUAGAGGACUUGGAGGUACUAAUGGACCAGAUAGUCUUUACAGGUUGUAAGCUUCCUAAAAUGUGUUGGUUGGUUAACAUUUGACCGUCAUCCUUACGUAUUUACCUAUGUUUUAAGAUUCAUAAGAUUUACCCUAACUUCUAGCGAAGAUAAUUAAACCUUUCCGGUUAACUAUACAAAGUAAUGAUGGAAUUUAGAAGUAAAAAAAAAUUAGAUAACUAAAUUUGUACUUUUUUUGUCUUGUCAUGAAAUAGAACUGAAUCCGUGUUAAUAUACUUUUCCAUGUUAAUUAAUUUGUAUGAAUGGUAAAACCAAACUUUUGUGAAUCACCUACAUAUGGAUUCUCAACAGAAACGCGACACCAUAUGGUCGAGUGCAAAAUAGGCUUAGUUGUGUGUCAAGCCUACUUUACGUUUGGUCAUUGGAUGCCGAUUUACCAUGGUGCAUAUGAACCAAAACCUUUACAACCUUAAUUAUGUUUUUAUCGUUUUGGCCUUGAUACGAUUCAUAAUAUCUAAAAAAAUUCAUUUUGCCAAAACUGAUUAAAAGUUAUAAUCAAAAUAGUGAAUAUAAUGAAGUUUUAUGAUCGCAAAAGAACUCUGAAAAACUGUAGUAGCUCAAGAAAAACGUUAAACAUGAAGUGACGAGACUUUCAAAGGAUUAGAGGAAUAUUUUCUUUUAUAGCUAGAAUAUUUUGUGUUUUGAAAUUCGGUACUAAACUUUAGUUGAGAAAAUUCAGGAUUCAAUCCCCUCGGUUGACACUGCGCAAAUUGGUCAUUGAAUAACUUUUCUCUGAAACAAACAGUAUGAGUUGUUAAAUCCCAACAAGUACAAAUAAGUAUAGGUAGCUUCAUCUCGUGUUCUGGACACGUGCUUUACCUAAGAACCAAAAACAACAACAACAAUUAAAAACAAAUGAAGUAGUAUAUUUUCUAGAAGAUGAAUAGCUUAAACUAAAGCACAAUUUCUUGAACACGCGUUUCACAAAUGUUUUUGUUCGCGAAUCACGUAAUGUUUUCAUCACAUCGAGACCUAUGCACUCUGCUACCGAUUCCUCUCUGUAAUUACACAAUCAUUCCACGAACCACAGACUUUGUUUGUUUUAUUUGUAGUUAAACACAAAUCUAUACAAUGGGCUACCUGUGCAGUGCCCACUGUGGGUAUCGAAACCUGGUUUUUAAAAACCGUUGACAUAGAUAAUGAUAAUAUGUAAUUGUCUUAUGCAGGAACAAAAGAUUGACACUUCGACAGUGUUACAUAUUUACAAAAAAUAGAUAUAUAACUGUUUGAACAAUCUCAAAUAUUAGUAACCUUAGCUUACAAUACUUGAAUAACCCUAUUUUUAUGUUUUUUUCGGUUGUUGAAAACAGUGUUAUUUGCCAUAGCUUUUCUAAUAAAGUAUCUUAAGUCUUGUCCAAGAUAAACAGAAAAUAAGUGGAACUGGCGUCUGAACUUAAAAAAUAUGAGGUUUUUUAAUUCGUUGUUGCUUCAGUACCUGGUCUAAUUACUUGUUUAGACCACGUGCUAUAGGAGAAAGUAAAGUUUAGCAUUGAAAAAAGAAUUCAAGUAUAAAGUGCACACGAUUAACACACUGAUUCAUUAGUUGAUCUGGGUUUUAAACUGUUGGCUGGAAUCACUUUCUUACAUUUAUUCAUUGUAUUGAAUUGGCACGGUUAACAUGCGAAUAUUCGUAUAGCGGUAUAUGCAUCACAAGCGAUAAUUAAUGUUGCUUUUCUUAAGCCUGAAACUUUUAUGGACUGUUAAAGCAUUAUACAUUAUUCCUUUAUUUUGUUUCAGAUCUACUGGAGGAUGUAAACGUAAAAUUGAUGAAGGAAUUCAUAGAGACAAACCAAGUUCUAGAGACGUCACAGUUUUACCCUAAGUAUUGUAAAAUCCAGAGUUAAUAAGCCCAAAACCGAAACGAAAACUUAUAACCUAAAAGAACGUGAUACUGUUUUAGAUAUUUUAAUGCCAUAUUUGUCCGAAAGGGGUUCUUGAUGUUGGAAGAGACGACGUUGUUCCCACUGCCAAUCAAACUUUGCCAGUUAACUACAUUCGAUUCCAUCAAGCUGUAUCGUGAAACGUUAGAUCCCGAACUGUAGGGGGAUACUACGCAACAACAACAAAACUGUUGGUGUUUAAUAUGUCUUUAUAAAGUAAACUCCUCCUUCACCGAACUAUGCAAUAAAGUUCUUUGUUGGACAUCUGCUUUGCAAUAAAGUUUUUUGUUGGA